AUAACAACUCCAAGUUUGUCAAAAAGUCGUCGUUCACCUUUGCCAGGGCAAGAACUGCGUGGCAAUCAAGCUGGUGUUUGCAAAAAGAAGCUAGAGUUUUCAAAUGAAUGUUCUUCAUCCAAAUAUCCACAGUUACAACAUUCUGCUGUUCCCCUUCCAUCAAAUACAGUAGCCUCACCCAGGCAGCAGCCUUGUCCAGAACUGAGCAUGACUUCAUGUGAUAGUAUUCUUGGAGGAUUCCAGUCUGCAGAUGAGGAAGGCUUCUUGAGCCGUACAACUCUUUCAGGCUUAUAUCCAGCAAUGUUAGCGAUACUUACAGAGCUUAUGACAAAGCAUUCUCAGAGAAAAGUGUUGAAGUACAUGUUUGGACACUUAAGGUCCAAGAGACGGCAUUCUAGAAGACCAAAGCUCAAUGUUACUGUAGACAAAAUGAGAGAGUCCGGAUCUUGUAAAUGGAAACCAAAGAAGGCAUUCCACAGCAUGUGUAGCCGUAGAAGUGAAGACAACCAAAAUCCAACUUUUGGAAAUGAGAGCAGGGAAUUCUGUUCUGACAGUUGUCCCGUUAGUAAUUCAUCUGCUCUGGUGCCUUAUGCUUGUGCUGAUACAAAUGAAACCAAAAUGCACUACUCUGACUCAAGUUUAGAACAACAUUUGGCAUCUGGAAAAAGUCAAGAAGUCUGCAAACAUACUGCUUUUCCUGAUGUUAUGGAUAGAAUGGGAGGGACAUUUCUAGUUGAAGAUAAAUUACAGACUAUUGCCUCACCAAAGAAUUCAGAAUACAUAGAAGGUGAAAAAUUUACUUACAAACUUUCCUCAGAACCCAGUUUUAUAACGUCUACUGCCAGUUCAGAUUCAAGAGCGUUUCAUCUUGUAAAAGAGAGUAAGACUCAGAAAGCGGACUUUUGUGUUGGUACCUCGGAGUUGUGUUCAUCUGCUUGCAGUUCCCAUGGCAAUAGAAACAAUUCUAUGUCUACCAUAAAUUUUUCUCCUGCAAGAUCAACAAAUACUAUGUUCAUAUAUCCUCAAAAAAUAACUUCUUUCCAGCACAAAGAGUCAUUUUCCUCCUGGAAGCAGAAUUCUUCAAAGAGGGACGAAGAAAUAGAUGCUGCAUUUGACGAACUCUACUACAGAGUGAUUUCUGGGGAAUACUUUAAACCUUUGACAUUGACAAGACCUCUUUUAAACUCACAGAGCCAUGAAGAGAAAGGAACAGUAGUGAAGAGUAAUCUAAGUGAUUCUGAGAGGUCCCUUAAACAGCGUGAUACAGAAUUCAAGAAACUGUGUGGGAAGUCUGUUCCAAAAUUUCCUGGGCUUCAGAGAGCUUCAAAUUUCAGGAAAUACGAAGAAAUACAGAUGCCUGAAACUGUAAAUGCUCUUGUUAAUUCUCCUGUUAGAACUUACUCUGCAAUUUCCAGUGCUAAAAGAGCAGGAAAUUUUCAAAACCAUCCUCUUUGUUCACCAGUAAAGCGACUGAAAUUUAUACCGGAAUAUUGUUUUUCUUCAAGCAAAUGUCAGGAGACUUCCCACAGUAAAGAGGGUAAUCUUCAGACAGGUGGCAUGGAUUUUUUGAGCACAUACAACUGUAGCAAGCCCAGCUUUUUUGCUGAUCGCAACUUUCAUUGUCAGGGCUCUGGAUCUCAUGGUUCUUCACAACAAAGUUUUCUUGGUAUCUCUGGCACUUCCCUGCAAGAAUCUGGGACUGCAGGUGCACACUCUGGUUGGCCUGGGGCAAUGGAGAAUUGCAGCUCUCUCAGAAGUGUGAGCAAGCAUCACCCAAGAGUAUACAGAAAACUAAGCUUCACUGAUGGGAAAGACCAGUUGUAGGAAUGCCUUGGAUGACUCUCUGGUUGAAGCUCACCAAGAAGCAUUAACGCACUGUUACAGUUAAAAAAGUUUUAUAUAGGUUGGGUUUUAUUCAGUGUUGUUUCUUCUUCCAAGAAUCAAGAAUGUAUAACUAUAUGUAAGCAAUACACAAAUAGUUCUGAUUUAUACUUCAUUGUAGUUCAAAUCUUUUGGAAAAGGUUCGUCCCUUUUAACAGGGCACUUAGUACUCAAUUUAUGGCUAAGUUGGAUUUUUAUAUUUGACGGUAUUUGUAAUAACAGUGUGAUCUGUAUUCUUUUUAUUUGCUGAUAAGCUUUGAUUCUUACUGUCUUAAUAAUAAGGAAUAACCUAAAUGGCUGCCUAUUCAUUCUUUUUGAAUGCAUCAGUACAGACCCAAAAAUCAUUGCUAUGUACUAUGACUUGAGUCUGCUAUGCAAUGUUAAUGUUAAAAUUUUCCAGAGUUCGUUGUUCAAUAAAAUUUUUUGUUCAAUAAACCUGUUUAAUAGGUUUGAUAAUUGCAUUCUGUGUUUUGACAAAAUUGUACAUGACACAGUAUAUGUUCUAAAUAAAAAACUGUUCUGAACAAAUA